AUGGCCCCUGCUUUCCCGCGCGGGCCCUCCGCGUCCGCUCCGGAAAUCGAGGAGGAGGGAAGCGCGCUGCGGCCUGUCGAACCCAGGACCGGCGCAUCUACUAGCGCCGUCGUCAACGGCGCCACCACCAGCGCUACCACCGGCGGCGGCGGCGCUAGCGGGGUUAGCGGAGUGGUGGUUGCGGCGGAGACGAAAAGGGGGAGGCUGCGGAAACCAGGGCGGAGAGAUCUGGGGGACAGCAGCGCGGGGGAAGAUUCGGAAGGGUUUUUGAGCGGAAAGGAGGAUGGGGGGGAGGGGCGGGGGUUGCUGAAGGGAAUUCUGAAGCGCGGUGGUGGGGGGAGUCAGCGGGAGGGAGGAAGCGUGGGGGGAAGCGGAAGCGGAGGAAGGUUCGGGUCGAGUUUGUCCGAGGAGGAAUGGAAGGAGUAUUUCAAGAAAAGCCUCACGGAGAUUUUCAUGGGGUCGAAACUGAACGUGCUGAUGCCGUUUAUCGUGAUCUCCAUUGUGUGCGUGCAGCUGGAAGUGUCGCAGGGCUACAUAUUCCUCUUCUCUCUCCUUGGAAUCGCUCCCUUGGCUGAACGGCUAGGAUAUGUCACUGAGCAACUCGCACUCUACACAGGUCCAACCUUGGGCGGGCUGCUGAACGCCACGUUUGGCAACGCCACGGAGCUGAUCAUCAGCGUGUUUGCUCUGCGCAACGGCAUGAUCCGCGUGGUGCAGCUGUCGCUGCUGGGCUCCAUUCUCUCCAACAUGCUGCUCGUGCUUGGCUGUGCCUUCUACGCUGGCGGGCUGCGCUACCGCGAACAGAAGUUCAACAAGACAGCUGCACUGGUGAACUCGGGGCUGCUGCUGAUGGCAGUGAUGGGGCUGGCCCUGCCAGCCAUACUGCACUCCACACACACGGAGAUCCGAGACAACGACUCGGAGCUCGCGCUCUCGCGCAUCAGCAGCUGCAUCAUGCUCACAGCCUACGCCGCGUACCUCUACUUUCAGCUCAAGUCCCACGUGCACUUAUAUGAUGAGAGCGCGGACGGGGAUGCCAAGGGCGGUGGUGCGCGCAAGGGCGAGGCAGCGGUGAUUGGGACGUGCAAUAGUCCGAGGAUGAAGAUGGUGCAUCCCGGGGCGACCACGAUUGCUAGUCCUAGGGACCUGGAGGUGGGUAAGGAGGACGACGAGGAGGAGGAGGAAGAGGAGGUGCUGGGGCUGUGGGGGUCUAUAGUGUGGAUGGGCAUCAUCACCAUCUUCAUCGCCAUCCUCUCGGAGUACCUUGUGGACGCCAUUGAGGGAGCGAGCAACAGCUGGGACAUGCCAGUGGCGUUCAUCAGUGUGGACAUUGCUCUUGGUGUUGCCAUCGGGUCAUCUACACAAAUCUCCAUGUUUGCGAUUCCGCUGUGUGUGGUGCUAGGAUGGGCCAUGGGAGUGCCCAUGGAUCUCAACUUCCACAUAUUUGAAACCGCCACACUCUUUGUCACUGUGCUUGUCGUGGCGGCACUGCUUGCGGAAGGAGAAGCUAAUUAUUUCAAGGGCAUCAUGCUGGUACUCUCGUAUCUUAUUGUCUCUGCAAGCUACUUCGUCCACAAUGACGCCUCUGAGACCCCGGAUUGGCCUGGCGCCAUGGCCGCAGUUACUGCAAUGGCAGCAGCAACCCUGCCUUCUCUGUGUAGCGCGUCCCGACAUUUCCAGUCGGGCGCAAGUGUGUGCAGGAGCGAGGCAACCACAGCACGCUUCGCACAGAGAAGUAGAGAGCUGCGACAUCAACGUCUUGUAGUACGGGCAGCUAAGGGAGGGAAAGGCAACUCGGAGGAGGAUGAUGGGGCCAAGCUGAGCUCCGCGGAGAGGCUAGCGGCACUGGAGGAGAGGCUGGGGAAGGGCAAGAGCACCAUCUGGAGUGUCACACCAGAGCCUGAGCCGACACCUCCCCCGAAGGCUGCUGAGCCUGUGUUUAAGAUGUCUGGUGAGAAGUCGAGUUUUGAGAGGCUGGUGGAAGCAUGGCUGGCCAAGGACGGCGGCCUUGCCAAGCUCAACGAUUUUGCCUACAAGGCCAUUUUCGUUCUGGCUGGUGCUUGGAUCCUCUUCCGAUUUAUCGGACCAGCUACUGGCCUGUAUUCUCUUGAGGACUCUCUCUUUGGUUAA